AUGACUGUAGCAGAAGUGGCCAGAAAAAAUAGCGUUAACGAAUCUUCUAUACGAACUAUUCGCCAAAAUAAAGAAAAUAUUCGAAAAAGUAUCGAAUCCUCAGUCCGUGAAUCUUCAAAAUUUGUUACGUACUCCAGAAAAGGACCUAUCGAAAAGGUGGAAAACGCGUUAGGUUUGUGGAUUGAGGAUCAAACUCAAAAAAGAGUAGCUCUAAGCUCUGUUAUAAUUGGAGACAAAGCUACAAAACUAUACGAUAAUUUUCUGAAAAAUAAAUCCUCUUCGUCAAAUAGUGAACUGAAACCAUUUGUUGCAAGUAAGGGAUGGUUCGACAAAUUUAAAAAUUGGCACAGCCUUCAUAGUUUGAAAUUGAUGGGAGAGUCUGCUUCAGCCGAUCACGAAGCAGCAAAACUAUAUCCAGACCGUCUAAUGAGGAUAAUUGAAGACGGUUGUUAUCUCCCACAACAAGUAUUCAAUGCUGAUGAGACUGGUCUCUUUUGGAAAAAAAUGCCUUCAAGAACAUUCAUAUCAAAAAAUGAAAAAACCGCCCCUGGCUUUAAGAUGGCUAAAGAUCGUCUUACUCUGCUGCUUUGUUCAAAUGCAUCUGGAGAUUUUAUUACCAAACCGUUAUUGGUUUAUAAAUCAUUAAAUCCUAGAGCAUUAAAAAAUAAAGAUAAACGAAAAUUACCUGUAUUUUGGAGGUCGAAUAGUCGUGCUUGGGUCACUGGAGACAUUUUUGUAGAUUGGUUACAAAAUUGUUUUAUACCAGAAGUAGAGAAUUAUUUAAAAAGGAACAAUAUUUCAUUUAAAGUUUUGUUGUUGAUAGAUAAUGCUCCCGGUCACCCUGCUAACCGACUACAAAGCUUAAAUGAAAAUGUCAAGAUUGAGUUUUUGCCUCCUAAUACAACCUCCCUUAUUCAGCCUUUAGAUCAAGGUAUUAUAGCUGCAUUUAAAGCAUAUUAUACCAGAAUAACUUUUAAGAAGUUAUUAGAUAGUUUGGAAAGUGACUCGAAGCUAACUUUAACACAAUGUUGGAAAAAUUACAACAUUGGUAAUUGCAUAGACAACGUCGAAGAGUCCCGUCGUGAAUUGAAAAAAUCUACAUUGAAUGGUUGCUGGAGAAAAAUCUGGCCAAUUGUUGUCACAUCGGAGAAGGGCAAUGACAACGAUGUCAAUUUACAUGCUAAUGACAUCCAGGCUACAGUAACAUUAGGCUGGUUGUUACCGGGAGUUGGAUUUAGUGACCUCCAGUUGUCAGAUAUUGAAGAGCUACUCGAAUCUCAUAAUUCUGAACUAACAGAAGAAGAGCUAGGAGAUUUAGUAGCUAACAAUAAUCAAGAAUCCAGUGAUAGUGACGAUAAUAAGGAAAACACACUCCCAGCUGAGUUAAGUCUCAAAACUGUUAAUCAAUGUUUAAAGAUGGGAGAAGAAUUAACAGAUUUUUUGAUAGAAAACGAUCUUACUCCGCGUAGCUUAAAGGCACAACGUGAGAUACUUAAUGCCUUGGCACCUUAUAAAAGUUUAUAG